AUCAAUCUUACGCAAGUUUGGCUUGGAAAGCAUUGAUUGGGUUUUAAGGUUUCAACAGAUUAUUGGAGGCCCAUCUGACUAAUUUUGCAACCGCGCGUGACGAAUCAAGCUGAGACGGUUUACAAAUCACAAAAAAAGGGGAAGGUAAUUCUAUAAAUAGUAAUACUGGCAAUCAGAAUCGUCGCAUCACGGGAAUUUGUACGUGGAUUGAUCAGGCAAAGUAAUCUCUUUUUCCUCUACGAUGGCGACCGUGAUUCUUCGCUCUCAAGACCGCCUUCGAGGUCGGUUCCGUCGCGAAGCUCUGACCGGAAUACCUCCAUGCAAGGCUCGCCGGAAUCCUAACCCUAACUAUGUUCCCUCUCUUCGUCGAAGGCGGACCCCUGGCGGUUUCCAGUCGUACCAACCGCAAGAGCGAGAUCUUCGCGGUGGAUUUCAAUCGCGAUCCAUGGUGUUGAAGUCACCCGGCAAGGACCUUGUAAUGGGCCAGGUCAAGAUCCUGAAGCGCGGCGAGGUGUUGAGUUCCCUUGAAGCGAAGGCUUACAAGGAUUCGGAUCUGGUUCUGUCCUCUACUAACAGGAUUGGGCCUGAUCCGGAGACGGUGCGUAAGCAGAUUACGGUUUCGGAGUUCAAGGUUGUGGAUGGGAUGUUCGCUGGAUCGGCUUUCGUCGCUUCACCACCACCGAGUUGUCUGCCGGUGCCAGGUUUUUUGGGCAUAAAGGGUGAGGAGAAUGUUGUUGCAACCAGCAGCUUGAGGAGUUUCUUGGGGCUCGAUUUGGUUUAAUGUGGUGAUUGAUAGACGAAGGAGGCUUGAGGUUUGAUUAGGAUGUUGUGAUCAGGGUCGAUUUAGUUUGAUUUGGCGAUAUAUAGGAGAUUGAGGUUCGUGGGGUUUUUUUUGGUGUUAUGACCUGCUUUAUGACCUCAUAAUUUUCCUUUAUUUUUUCAAGAGGAACGAUUGUGAGGGCAACCUAUUGAAGUAAAGGAGACUACUUGACCUUAGUUUUAGUUGUGAAGCAGCUCUGGGGAAAGAAAAAUCAUUCCUUGCAAAAAAAUUAGCUUACUGUGGUAACCGUUUCAACUUCUAUUGUUCUUGAAUUCUCUAUAUCUAGGCACUAGUUUGAUAAUCUGAGUCUGCUUUAUGUAGCUGGUAUACUUGAUGCAAUAAAAUUGUUGAAGAAUAAAUUUCCAGAGUUGGUGAAGAA